AUGCCCACUGAUUCAACGUUCAAAUAUGUUGGCCUGGCUCUACUUACCCUUCAACAAGCAAGCAUGCCCCUAAUGGCUCGAUACAGCAGAUACAGGGAUGAGCGAGAAGUGUUCUUAACGACAGUAAAUGUAUUCAUGAUGGAGGUGGUGAAACUUUUCACAUGUGCGACCAUCAUUAUUUUCUCUUCAAAAUCAUUUUUCAAGUUUAUCCAAGAAGCAAAGGAGGCAAUUUGCGAUAAUUUCGUCGAGACUGCAAAAGUAUGCCUUCCGGCCGUUAUUUACACUCUACAGAAUAAUCUCUACUACAUCGCUCUUACUCAUCUUGAAGCAACAACCUUUUGCGUCGCCUACCAAAUGAAAAUUUUCACUACUGCCAUGUUUAUGUAUUUCUUUCUCGGAAAAAAGCUGUCUACAAAUCAGUGGAUAGCUCUGAUUAUUCUAGUAAUAGGAGUAGUCGAUGUACAACUAGUGUACUCACCGUCCAACUCAAAGGAAGCGAUAGCGCAGAACCCUUUCUUAGGAUUUUUCAGUGUCAUCGUGAUGUGCUUCACUUCUGCAUUCGCAGGAGUUUACUUGGAAAAAGUGCUGAAGGAAAGCAGAACGUCAGUAUGGAUGCAAAAUGUUCGUCUAUCGCUGAUUGGUUUACCAGUUUCUAUGUUCUCAAUGUGGUUUUACGAUUGGGGACAUAUUCAGAGCGAUGGAUUCUUUCGUGGCUGGGAUGCAACGGUGGUGUGCCUUACGUUAAUGAAUUCGAUAGGUGGACUUCUUAUCUCGGUCGUCAUCAAAUACGCGGACAACAUUUUGAAGGCAUAUGCACAGAGUAUCGCCAUAAUUGGAGCGGCGGUCGGUUCAUGGCUUCUGUUCGACUUUGUUCCCGGAUUCCUAUUCACGUUAGGCGCCGUAUUAGUCAUAACGUCCAUACUAAUGUACACAAUGUACCCGUAUGAACCGCCUAAUUUCGAUUUUCAACGUUUCAACAACACAAAAUCAGAUCUACUUAUGAUUAAACCAAUGAAAGGAGCAGGUUUUUGA